AGCAGUGACAGAUGGCCCUAUCGGAUUUACACCGUUUGACAAAAUUACACGAUCGCCUACCAACUUCUUCCAAACAGGCGAGCAAACAGUGAGAAAAUUCAGCUCUCAUAUUAUUAUUCAAUCUUUUCAAAGUGUCAGAGAGCGGAUCAUGCUAAACGUGCGCGAUUCCCUGCGAUUAUUUUAUUCAAAGAGGACGUUCAAUGCGUGAUGGGACUGUUGGAAUAGAACGGCUAAAACUAUUUGCAGUGAAUAUUGUUUCGAAUGAAAAGGUGACAGUUUCAGCCAACCCUCUGGAACUGCAAUGGAAAGAAAACGCCCUCCACAGCUAGCGUAGUACUGUUGCUGAUUCAGUGCGUCUCUCUGCGGAGUGGGAGCAGUCUGCUCACUUUCUCCAUUCAUUCGCUGGCAAUCGCUUUACCAUUUACAGAGAGGCGUAAGCCUGUGGGUGUUCACGUUUCCUUAUUUGCCUGUCAGGUUGCUGGGUGCGGGCAGAUGAAAGAGCGGUUAAGGAGUAUGCUGGCUACCUGAUCUUUGGAACCCCCUCGCCUGUCUCUGGCAGCUCUGUCCAUCAUGUUGGGACGCCGACAGGAUGACUUCUCUCAAACCCGGCAAACCCUGCUUCUUGUUCGCUGCCUCUUGUGUCCGGAUAGCAAGUGGGAGACGUCCCAAGAUCCGGAGGGGUUUGGUGAUCGCCGCAGCCUUUUUGCUUUAUGCCUUCGUUGUGAUGCAGGGCAACGUCUUAUUCCAGGUCUGGGUCGUUGAAUAUGACGGCAAGAGGGAUGCCGAGCCCGUUAGUCGAUUCCCCGGCCGCCUCCGAGCCGGGGAAAGCGAGCAAGAGAGGAUUACCUCCAACCCCAAUGUGGUGUACAUGACACUCAGAUCAAAAAGGAUAAAACCGGCCAAUAUCAGGGGGACAGUGAGGCCCAAGCUCAGGAAGAAGUGGAAAACUAAACGCGCACAAGCUGCGCAGUACGGUGAUCCCAGUUUAUUCACUGAUCGGGACAAUGAACCGACAGACCACAGACUAGGGCAAGCGGAGGACUCGGCCCUUUUACCUCUCGCCAGAGUUAAGGUGGAACGUAGGUCGAAAAGUUCAAAAGAAACGGGAGAAAGGAGAUCCCAUCAAGCGGAGAAUCCAGACACUGGGAGCAAUAUUAGGAUUUACAGCGAUAGCGCUCCUUUCUGGCUCAGCAAGGCGGACAUCAAUGCCAUGCGGUUCCUAGCCGACUCCAGCAUCACUCAGUUCCACAAGGUCCCCCGAACUGGACGCCCACCUCUGAUCUUAUUUGAAGGAAUCGGCGGAGAUCAGCAUCCCGUUGAUUGGCGAGAGGUCGAUGCUGGACGCCGGGACCUUCCAAAAGCGUCCGGCUGCCGACAGCCGUGCGGGCUUCUCAAGAGACCCGUGGAUGUCAGCGAAGUGUUUGCUUUCCAUCUGGACCGCAUCUUGGGGUUGAACAGGACUCUUCCCGCCGUGGCCAGAAGGGUUCGUUUUGUUAAAGAUGACUUACUUCGCCCUGUUAUUCUCUGGGAUGAUUCCUUGCUAGUGGCUGAUAAUGAUACUCAGUCUACAGUCAAAUUGGAUUGGAUGUCUUACCAGCAAUUACUAAAAUGGAAGUGUUGGGUCCAUGGCAAAGUUCCUAAGCCAGACUGGAGGUGUACAAAUAUUCACCACUAUGAAUGGUGCAAGCUAGCUCUUUUCGAUUUUCUACUGCAGGUAUAUAAUCGACUGGACCGAAACUGCUGCGGAUUCCGGCCCAGAAAGGAAGAUACCUGUGUUCAAAAUGGCUUGAAAAUGAAAUGUGGCAAUCAAGCCGACAUCAACUUGUUUCACAUAUUGUACAGAGAACGUGAUCCGCGGCAUUUGGUCUUCAUAGACAAUAAAGGCUAUUUUGACAGAAAUGAGGAUAACCUAAAUUUUAAAGUACUAGAAGGAAUAACUGAAUUUCCGGAGUCUGCUAUCUCUAUCUUGAAGAAUGGACUUCUUCGAGCGAGGCUUCUUCAGUCUCUAUUCCUGGACAAGCUGUACUGGGAGAGCCAGGGUGGUCGCAGAGGAAUAGAGAAGCUGAUUGACGUGAUUGAAAGGAGGGCAACAAUCUUUCUCACUUACAUUAAUGCACAUGGGUUCAAGGUGCUUCCAAUGAAUGAGUAAUUGUUUACACAAUGGAUUACUAUCUUGUGAAGCUUCAUCUAUUGACAAAGGAGGUUCAUUCCUCGGGCUUUAUUCCUGAUGCCAAUUUUCUGUGCUAAAUUCAUCACAUAUAAACACUGUGGUAGAUGUACUUAUAGUUCAUAAAAGGUAAAGUAAGUAAUUAAAAUUCGGCAUUGAUAUGAGUAACAAAAGUAAAACUUACCAGUUAAAUUACUUAAGAGUAGUUCUGGGUUGAGUCCUUUUUGUACUAAUUCCUUCACAAUGCUGAUGAAUCAAAAUAUAUUGAAAUUUGAUGAGAUUUUAUAAAGACAUUUUUGCCUGUCUGAGAACAUGCAAACUUUUAUAUUAAGCAAGAAUAAUUUUAAAUACAAGGAAACUUCUACGUAUCUACAUUUAUCUUGUGAUUCGCAACGAAACGGACUACUGUACUCCACUGUUGGUUGUGAAUGCUUUAGUAAUUUUUUAAAACAAACCUGUUUUCAGUAAUUUAAAAUGAAGUAAAUUGUGUAUUGGAGCAAACUUUUAUUAAAAUCCGUUGGGUUUG